AUGUCUCAAUCUCGCACUAUCGUCCUCGACAACGGUGCCUCGACGCUCAAGGUUGGGUUCGCAGACGAAACGGAGGCUCCAAAAAUAAUACCGAAUGCAAUCAUCCGUUCCAAAGGCGAUAAGGAGACCUACUUCGGCCAUGAAAUAGAACGGUGCACGAAUUUUGCGAGCUUGAACUAUCGCAUCCCGUUUCAGAAAGGCUUGCUGACGGACUGGGACGCGCAGAAGGCGAUAUGGGAUGGCAUCUUUUCUCCCGGACUGCUGAACGUAGACACGAGCGCUCAUUCGAUCCUCGUAACCGAGCCUUACUUCAACCUACCGAACAUCCAGGACGUAUACGAUCAGAUGAUAUUCGAGGAAUACGAGUUUGAAUCGUAUAUGCGGUGUUCGCCCGCGUCACUGAUACCCUACGGCACGAUGUUCAAGAGUCCGGAAUACCCGCACGCCCCGGAGUGUAUGAUAAUCGUGGACGCGGGCUUCAGCUUCACGCACGUCGUACCGCUCAUGAAUGGAUCUGUGGUUUGGAAUGCCGUUCAGAGAAUAGACGUGGGCGGCAAACUCCUCACGAACCAUCUCAAAGAGCUCGUCUCCUUCAGGCAGUGGAACAUGAUGGACGAGACAUGGAUCGUGAACGAAAUAAAAGAGGCAUGUUGUUACGUUUCCGACGAUUAUCAUCGUGACCUCGAGACUUGUCGGGUAGAUCCGAAGAAAAACCCUAUAUUGCAAGAAUAUAUCCUCCCAGACUUUAGCUCCGCAGUCACUCGUCAUGGGCGUAUCCGCGAAGGUCCAACUCAAGACCGACCCAAGGAUGACGACCUCGGUGACGCGAUGAAGGGAAGGGAUCACCAAAGGAACCGAGAGCAACUUCUCCUCAUGGGAAACGAACGCUUCGCCGUUCCGGAACUCCUUUUCCGACCCGACGAUGUCGGCCUCGACCAACUCGGUUUGCCCCGCGCCAUCGCUCGGUCAAUCUCGCUUCUGCCCGAGGACGUGCGCGGGAUGUUUUGGGCGAAUGUUGGUCUCGUCGGUGGAAGCACGCUCUUCCCCGGCCUGCAGCAAAGGCUGACUAGGGAGCUCAGGGCUCUCGCCCCUCCCGAGUGCGAGGUGAUGGUUCACACCUGCGAACGCCCCAUCACAGAGGCGUUCCAUGCCGGACGCGCGCUCGCAAGUUCGCCUGGCGUCUUUGGACAGGCUGGCAACGCGAUAGCUGUAACACGCGCGGAGUAUGCCGAAGGCGGGAGCAGCGCGUGUCGGAGAAAAUUCCAGCGCUGGGAUUGGCAUCUUGCGGGCCGGGCACUCAAGAGGAAGGCUAGUCGUGGUGGCCGUCGGAGAGGAGGCGCAAAGUGA